AAUAAAUGGAAAAUUAGGGAAAAACGAAAGUAUAUGGCAAGGCCACUCCAUUCUCCUUCACUGCACUUCUCAAGUGUUGCAGAAGCAGCUGCUCUGGAAUCACCUAACUCUUCUCCAUCAAUCUUCUCUCCGUUCACUGAACCCUUCCGGUGACCAGAUUCUUGAUUUCUGGUUCUCAACUGCGACCAGAGGCAUUUGAGCUGGACUGGAUGGACCAGUAUGAGAAAGUUGAGAAGAUAGGUGAAGGAACAUAUGGAGUGGUAUACAAGGCUCGUGAUCGGGUAACCAAUGAGACUAUAGCUCUGAAGAAAAUACGCUUGGAGCAGGAAGAUGAAGGUGUUCCUAGCACUGCAAUUAGAGAAAUUUCCCUCUUGAAAGAAAUGCAGCAUGGGAACAUUGUCAGGUUGCAGGAUGUGGUGCACAGUGAGAAGCGACUGUAUUUGGUUUUUGAGUAUCUGGACUUGGAUUUGAAGAAGCACAUGGAUUCUUGCCCUGAAUUUGCUAAGAAUCCCCGUCUGAUAAAACAAUUCCUUUAUCAAAUACUUCGUGGCAUUGCUUACUGCCAUUCUCAUAGAGUUCUCCAUCGGGAUUUGAAACCACAAAAUCUGCUUAUAGAUCGCCGCACCAAUGCACUGAAGCUUGCAGAUUUUGGAUUGGCCAGAGCAUUUGGUAUACCUGUCAGGACAUUUACACAUGAGGUGGUAACCCUGUGGUAUAGAGCACCAGAAAUUCUGCUUGGAUCUCGACAUUACUCAACUCCAGUUGAUGUGUGGUCAGUGGGAUGCAUAUUUGCUGAGAUGGUGAAUCAGCAGCCGUUGUUCCCAGGGGACUCUGAGAUUGAUGAACUAUUCAAGAUUUUCAGGGUCUUGGGAACUCCAAAUGAGGACACAUGGCCUGGGGUGACAUCUUUGCCUGACUUCAAGUCUGCCUUCCCAAAGUGGCCACCUAAGGACUUGGCAAGUGAAGUUCCAACUCUCGAAUCAGCUGGCAUUGAUCUUCUUUCUAAAAUGCUCUGCCUUGAUCCCAGCAAAAGAAUAACAGCCAGGAGUGCUCUUGCGCAUGAAUACUUCAAGGAUAUUGGUUUCAUACCCUAAUUGCUUUUUUCAUCAAUCAUACAUAUAUAGAUAUCAUUGUAUAGGACUUGGUGGAUUUUGAUUUUGUGAGACACAUGUAUGUUCUCUGCUAUUUCCUCCUCUUCUAGUUUUUUUUUUUUGGGUUUCGAACCGAUUUAGUCAUCUUGGAAUUGUCUAGCAUCUGUUGGUGCUGGGUCUUAUGCUCUUUUAUGUGUCCUAUAAAUACAGGGGAGACACAGAGGGUUUGGAUUUUCCCCUUUCUUUUUUUUUUUUUCAGUUUGCUUGUAAUGAAGCCUGCCAUUUGCUUGAUUAAAAAAUAUAUUUGGACACUCUUUUCCUCGUUAA